AUGGAGGACUCGUCGCCCUCUACCAAGGGCAAUCCCGAGCCUCAGUGGGAUAUCGAGGAGCAAGUAUCCAAUAUGACCGACGAGCCGGUUGCCACCGAAGCAAAGACCGUCGAGUCGAAAAUCACCGAUGAUACCAACAUGACCAACCAGCCGGUUACCACUGAAGCGGAGUCUGGCGAAUCGGAGCUUGCCGAGCCAGCGUUCGACUACAACGCACUUCUGCGGGAGAAAGAGGAGCGACAAAAGAAGCUGCAAGCUAUGAAUCCGGAAACGGAGAUGGAAACCACUCUUCAGAACAUGGAGGCGACCCUUUUCACGGACAGUGCUGGGCGCAACAUGCCAACAUUUCACGCCUACCUCAGCAUCAACGAUGAAGCUCUGAGUUCACCAUCCAAAGAGCAAGCCGAAUUGUUGAAGCGACCGUUGAGAAAUUCCAUUGAGCACAAGGUCUCUGGCACGGCUCCCAACUUUGACUACAGCUUCAUCACAAUCACGCACCUCGCUACAGGUUUCGGCUUGUACAACACCGCUGUCGGAGAGACUCGGGUAACCAUCAAGGACAUCAUCUCAUUUGACGGCCUCGUCAAUCUCGAUACGUCUGACAAGGUUCUGGCGGAACUGAAGAAGUAUCAGCCAGAGGUUGAAAAGGUGCCCUCCGCCGCAUCUCUCAUCAAGUUCACGGCUCGAGUCGCCGAUAUCGAUGUUUCGUGGCUAGCCCUCAGGGAAUUGAAGAUGAAUAAGGACGGAAAGCGAAUCGCCUGCCCUCAGCUCGAGAAGACCCGGUCCCUCGUUUCGAAUGGAGAUCGGAAGGAUCCCCUGUCAUUCGAGCUUCUCAUCAUCUGCUCCGAUGACGCGACGAAUGCCAAGGUAGCGCAGUUUUGCCAGCUCGUCUCGCUCCUGAAGGACUACAACACAUUGUCCGACCCGCUCGCCCCCUUCUUCGAGAAGGUAGGCAGCGACAGGUACAAUCUUCCCCUUGGCCAAGCGCCGACAGUAGCGGACGACACAUACCCAGAUAUCGGUACAGUGGCGAAGACGACGCGCUAUGUAAACAAACGUCAGCAGCUCGUCCACCAGGUGGUCGGAUCGGCGAACGAAUACAGGCUCCAGGAGUUCGCCUCAAACAACCUCCAGGCAACAGAGUUUCAAGUCCAUUUGCUCCCUUGCCCUCACGUCGAAGGCGAAGAGCGAGCCAUCAUGGUCGUGCGCACCGAGGGGAAAGGAUCACUCCUGCCACAGAAUGGAGAGAGCUGCAAGGUGUCGUUCGACAAUGCAGUGCUCGAGCAAGAUGGGGAGCCGGAGGGCAAUAAUGAGAUCAGCGAACAGCAUGCGGAAAUCGUGAUCGCGAACCUCCUACGUAUCUUCCGCGAUUUUGAAGACUCCGCCGCCGACAUUGCCACCAACUCCGCUCCAUGGCUCAGAGAGGCACUCACAGAAGCCGAAGUCGAGCCCAUUUUGCGCACCGAGAAUGAGGAUGCAGUACAAUACAAGGAACGCUUCGAUGCAUUCUGGGAGGCCCAGAAGAGUAAGUUGGACGCUACUGCUCUGGCCAAGGAGGAGCCCAAGGAAGAGAGCGAGAACAAUACCCUCUGGUGCUCGGCCACUCGUCUUGAUAUUCCGCUGCUGCAUAUGCGCCAGGGCUGGCAAACCUAUCUCGUCCAAUCGCCCAUCGCGAAAGACGGCUCGGUUGAGACAAAGUUCGCUACACUGGCUCAACAUGACAACGAGCCGUGGGAAGAAUACUUUAGUCGCGCGAUAUCCGAUGACAACAGCUGCCAGGCCUUCUUCAAGCGAAUUCUUUCAGAUAAGGCAGUCAAAGCUGAAGUCCACGCGAUAAACAGUCUCAUCCACCCCGCCAGCGCUUACCCGUCACGCAUCCACCCGCGGUCGCUGGCGACUUACAACUACUUGGUCCGUUUCGAGUCGGGCGAGGAGGACAACGUCAACCUUCUUCACGAGAUCCCCGAGCUUGGCAAUGUUGAGUACUCGAGCAUGGACGACGCCAAACUGGAGGCCUUCAAGAAUCUGUCCAAGACACCCGCUGGCAUCAAGUUUAUUCCGGGAGUGGCUGCAUGCGGUAAGAGCACACUGUUGCAGACCAUCAUCAUGUCCUUGUUCUACGGCGGGUGUGACCAAGCCACAUCGGCUGCGGAGUGCGAACCUGGCAAAAAGAGGGUCAUCUACUCAGCCAACAAUAAUGCGGCCGUCGACACUUUCGCAAAGAACCUAGAAAAGCAUAUGAACAAGCUGGGACUCAAGAAGACUCCUGACAUCGUCCGCCUAUACAGCAUGGAUAGUGAGGUCGCCAGCCUGACGAAGCCCAAGCAGCGUCAGCCGGACCCCUUUGACCGAGAGGGCGCCCAGGACACUGCCAAGCAGUUCAGUGAGACGGACUUGUUUUUAGCGCAGUAUGUCAUCACCAGGGCGGAGAUGAAGAUACACGAGGCCAAGCAAGCCCAGUCUAAGAAGAAGUCGGACUGCCGAAACAUGUCGCUGCAGGAGGCCGCCGUCAAACGAGACCCUGCCCAGCGAAGACAUGCAGAGAGUCUCAAGGCUUACGUGAAGCUGCUCUUCGGCGACUAUCUCGCGCACUUUAGUGGCGUUGUCUGUUGCACCCCAGUCGCAGCCAGCAACUACCUGUUUCGCUCGCACUUCACCGAUGUCGAUCUCGUACUAGUCGACGAGGCGGGACGUAUGCGAGAACUCGAGCUCCUCAUCCUCGUCGCUUGGUUUGGUAGCCGUUUGAUCGUGGUUGGAGACAUGCACCAGCUAGGCCCAUUUGUACAGACCGACCCUAAGAUUGACAACGAAGUGCAGUCCCACAACGCGUUCGUCACGCAGCUCGCCUACGCUACUAUUGGUCGCGCUGUAGAUGCCGGCGUCACAGACAGCUAUCUAUGCGUUAACCACCGCCAGCAUGGUCGACUCUCGGCUCUCCCAUCCGCUCUUAUCUACCGCAAUCAGAUGAUUAGCUCGAAAGCCAAGCGCCCAGAGGGUCUCAAGUCCUUCCAUACAUUCCUGAAAGGCAUCAAGUUCGAUAUGCCAGCCAACGGGUACCGUCUUAUCGUCGAGUUUCCUGGGUCAGCGUGCUAUACAGUUGGAACAUCGUCGGCCAACUAUGCUCACGUCAAAUGGGUCAUCGCCCAAGUCGUCCGCGCCCUUAAGGAUGAGACACUGACAAGUACCAAGAAAGACGGACCCGCCACGAUCCUGGUGAUGCCAUACUAUCGUGCGCAGCUCCAGGCUUACCAGCAGGCGUUUGACCAGCAGGUCACUGGCGGACAGGUCACAGCGGAAGAGGCGCAGCGAGUCAAGUUUGCCACACUCGACUCGUCUCAAGGUGAUGAAGCGGAUCUCUGCAUUAUCGACUACACCAAGACGCAGUCCCCUGGCUUCUGCGGAGACCUGCGCAGGCAGUGCCUCACUCUUACACGGUCGCGGCAAUGCGAGAUCAUCAUCCUGAACCGGGGCAUGUUUGCUAGCUGGGAGGCAGACCCGAAGGUGAAGCCGCGUGCUAAAGUGUUGCGCCGGCUGUACGACGACGUGGACCAGAAGGGUGCCGUCAUUCGCAUCCCUACCUGUCUUGAUUGCCAGACUCCGAACGCUGGACACGAUAGCUGCGAAAAUGGCAAGUUCGAGGGCAAAUGCGGCCACUGCAAGGAUGAUCAUGAGAUGAGGAACUGCCCUCGUGCCUUCUGCUUCAACUGUCGCCAUUUCGGUCACCGUUCAAACGAGUGCGAGGAGCCCAUGAAGUGCUCUCGAUGCGGAGGCAAGGACCACAUUGUUGACGACUGCGACAAGAAUCAGCGCUGCCUUCGUUGCCGCACGCCAGGCCACUACGAGCGCGAUUGCACUUUGUGCGAACAUUGCCUCAGCGACCUCCAUUCGAGCGACGACUGUGAAGCUAAACCGUGCGGGUUCUGCAAAGAGAUCGGACACGAUAUAGACAACUGUCCUACGCGACCCCGCAAGACCUGCCGACGAUGCCAGCAACCCGGCCACAUCGCCAAAGACUGUCGUCAAUCGAACGAGAAGACCUGCAGUAACUGCGGCGAAGUUGGCCAUAUCUCCAGGUUCUGUCCCACUAAGCGGAUCACCUGCUUCCGGUGCAACGAAGAGGGCCACACAAAGAGCGAGUGUCCCAAGACAGCCGAGGAGUGUGCCACAUGCAGGGAGUGUCUGGAGAUGGGACACUUUGCCAGGAAUUGUCCCAACCGCAAGCUCUGCGACAAAUGCGGUUCAACGAAACACGAUGCUGACCACUGCGUUACCGGAGUGCAUUGCAGCCUUUGCUCAUCGGAAGAGCAUAUAUCUGCCGAUUGCCGAACUCCCAAGAUCCUCUGCGUGAACUGCAACCGUUUUGGACAUGUCGAGGCCGACUGCAAGGUCAACCCCGAGCAGAGGGCUCCGCGUGCUGAUGGCAACGGACCGCGAACGGGAACCAACUCGCUGCCAGUGUCGGAAAAGAAGCAGGAGAACUACCAGAGCGUGACGAACGAGUACACGAUCAAGAUACGGCAGCUGCUCUCGACUGAUGACAAUGCUGGAAGUUUGGGAAAUGAGCCCGUCGCCGAUACUGCACCCUGGGGAGCUGAGCCCGGAGCCCGCGCAGACACUGCAUCUUGGGGAGCUGAGCCCCCCGCCGAGGCAGAUGAGGCCUGGUAGAUUAGGGGCGAUAUCGAGCUAUCUUGUAGUUCUUCAGACGGUCACAGGCUUGCCGUAUAUUGCCAUUCAACAUCGUGGUUACCGCGGCCUUUAGUUACACACAAAAAUGCACAUUGCCAUUAACAUCGUUGUCUCACUAAGUCCCGUGAUAUAUGUUCGAAGCUUCCUAACGAUAAGUCUUUGGUACUAGGGUGAGG